GGCUCACUGGGGAGGGGCCUGAGGCGGACAGAGUCAUUGUCCGGUGGCUGGGCCUAUUUCAGCUCCCAGGCCAAGGCUUUCCCUCUGCGACUCCACACCAUGAAGAAGCUGAGGGUCAGCGGACUGCCAAGGCGAAGCUGUCCUCCAGCCAUGGCCCUGUGUCUGGCAUCACUGCUAGCCCUGCUCUCAGCCGGGCGGGGCAGCAUGGGGAAUCAGGAAGUCUCCGCCAUCCAAGGCUGCAAGCAGGCACUGAAUGUGUCGGUGCUGGGAGCACUGCCUGGAGGCGGCUGGGACAACCUGCGCAACGUGGAGCUGGGGCUGGUGCUGGGGCGCAGCUACUCCCAGUGCCGCACCACGGAGGACGGCGAGUACCUGAUCCCAGACCAAGUGUACGUGGUGCCACGGCGCGAGAGCGUGGUGGAGACCCGCGCCGAGCUCAUGGACGAGUGGCUCAGCUACACCGACACCUGGGCGGCCUCCAUCAACGCCGAGCUCUCCUUCCUCCCCAGCCUCAAUGGUAAGUUCUCCGUGGACUUCCAGAACGUCAGGAAGUACAGCCUAGAGUAUGAGACGGUCACGGCCAGAGUGCAGCUCCGCCACAACAUCUACUCUGUGAAGGCCUCGGAGGCCCCCGGCUUCCAUCCUGACUUUUUGCAGCAUCUGCUGAUCCUCAGCGACCACCUGGAGAACAACCAGACCCGCGAGGCCCAGUACCUGGCGGAGAUGCUUGUGCUCAAGUACGGCACGCACGUCCUCACCCACGUGGAGGCCGGCGCUACCUUGGUGCAGGAGGACCAGGUAAAGCGGGAAUUUGUGGGCAAUCAGGCCGGAGAGAAGAGCAACAUCACACUGGCCGCCUCCGCCUUGUUUUACCGCACGGUCAACGUCGGGGCCGCGGCCUCCUGGCAGGAGCAGAACCAGUUCAUCCAGAACUACAUGCGCAACUUGGUGGCCUCCAAGACGCGCAGCCACGGCGGGCUGCCCUUCUACCCGGGCAUCACCAUGCAGACGUGGCAGGGGGGCAUCGGCAACCGGCUGGUGGCCAUUAGCAGGUCCGGCCUGCCCCUGCCCGCGCUGCUGGAGCCCGAGGCGCUGCCGGAGCUCCCCCCGCCCGCGGUGCACCGGGUGGCGGCCGCCGUGCGCAGCGCCAUCUAUCGCUACUACGAGGUCAACGCGCACCCCGGCUGCCUGAGGCGCGGGGAGCCCGCCUUCAAUCCCAAGGCCAACGUGGAGGACGGCUCCUGCUCUGGCGGCGGCCCAGCCAACUACAGCUUCGGGGGCGUCUUCCAGGAGUGCGAGGCUGUGUCCGGAGAGGACGCGGGUGACCUCUGCCAGAACUAUCGCACCCCGAACCCGCUUACCGGCAACGCCUCUUGCCCGGCCAACUACACGGCCAGCGUCCUGAACAGCGAGCUGAAGACAUCAAGCAAGACCCACUCUGUGUGCCAGCAGCAGUGCGAGACGUGCUGGCUCUUCUUCUCCUGCUGCCAGCCCGUGUGCACCCUCCGGGAGCUGCGCAGCGUGGUGCGCCUGGCGGCCUCCUGGUGCGCGCCCACCCAGGCCUCCCUGCCCGCCGCUGUAGGCUUCCUCUUUGGAGGCCUCUAUAGCCCCAACCACCCAAACCCGCUCACUAGAGGCCAGACCUGCCCCUCCUACUUCUACCCACUGACACUCUUUGGCGACCUCAGGGUGUGUGUCAGCAGCGACUUAGAGUUGGGGACAGCCCAGGCAGUUCCCUUUGGGGGUUUCUUCAGCUGCCAGGUGGGCAACCCCUUGGCUGGCCUCAUGAAUGGCCAGAGCGCUGGGUUCCUGCAGGAGAUGUUCUACCAGGACAGUCCCACAGUCCACCCCAUGAAGUGUCCAGAAGGGUACAGCCAACACCAGGCUUACCUCAGCGAUGGGUGCCAAAUCCUCUAUUGCCUCAGGGCUGGGACCCUCUCGGACCAGGAGCAGGUAGCUAUCCGCAUGCCCCCAUUUCUUCCCCGCCCUCUCUUGCUCAACAACAGCAGCUGCUCCCAGAGGCUCUCUGUCCUGGUGGACUCCAGUGGCCAGCAGGUCUGGGUGAGGCAGAAAGGCUGCGACCACUGGCAGCAGGCCAACAUCAAUGACCAGUCUCUGCCGGCCAACCUCUUGAGCCAGGCUGCCUCCGGGCCCAGUGUCGGGGCCAUUGUUGGCGCCUGCCUGGGGAUCAUAGUGGGUGUGGUGGCUGUUGCUCUGGGGGUAAGCUAUGCCUUCAGGUACUACAAGAAAAAGGUCUAUGGAAAAAUACAGGAUAGCAUCCUGACCGGGGAACAGACUGCCUUCGGGGCCACUGAAACCACUGCAGUCCCCAGCUCUGUCUGAAUGCACAGGCAACAGAAAAAAA